AUAUGGAAAGAUGGAUCUCUUUCACUUUCGUCCUUCUACGUGUGCCUUUCUUUUUGACAUCAUUAUAUUCGUAUAUGAAUAAUUGAAGUAUUAAUUUUCACAUGCAUUGUCGACAAUCGCAAGUAAUUUUACUUAUAUCUACUUAAAUUUUGUAAGGAAAAACAAACUAUUUGACAUGACUGUCUUGUGACAAAAUACAAACACAACUGUUUAUUCAAUGUGUGUUUUCUUCGUCUUCAAAUUGUAUAGAUUUAUCAGUAUACACGACAUCAACUUUUAAUAUACGUAUAAUAUUUGUAAUGCCUCUCUGCAAUUUCGUGUUUGAAAGUGUUUGAGUUGUCUUAGAGCAUAACUAUCACUUCCUCCCUGGACAAAUUUUGAAAAACGCAUUCAUAUGAAUAAAUAAAUACGUUAGUAUGUGCGAGAAAGCCAAAUACUUUACAGAUUUGCAUUACCUACAUGCCUAUAUGAAUGGGUAAAUACAGUAUUUCUUUAGGUCUUACGAAAGUGUCAGCAAUCUACCGUUAAUAGCUUGAAAGUGCUGUAUAUUUUUGUGUGUAUUAACUUACGUAUAUAGUAGACAAUUCUGUAUUUACAAAGAGCUAUUCAAAUCGGAUUCGUUAAAACCAUCAUAUGGCCAUAUCAGCUUGCCUUUGGUGAUUAUCUUGGAAAAAUGAUUGAUGUAGUAACUAGGUAAUUGGUGCCAAUCAAUUAAUAAGGAUAAUUAUAUUAUCCCCAGCCAACCAACAUUAUAAGUCUAAAUUAGGUAUACAGCCAUCUUUGCUGAAUAUCAAGUAAAAUAAAAUGGAUUACCAGUUUCAAACCUAAUUUCUAACUACAUAUGAGACCAUUUCUCGUGCAUUUAACUAUUGUCCAUCAAUGUUUAUGUAGCACAUGGCAGAACCAUUUAGUUAUUUUCUAUCAGUUUCUUAUAAAAGCCAAUGUAAAAUAAAUAAAAAUGACAAAGCACAAAAACAUUCUUGUUAUACAAAUUAACCAUUGAACAGGGUAGAUAUACACCUAAUAGUUGUAUAGAGGAUGUCAAAUAUACUUGAUUGUUUAAAUAUCUCACAGUCAAUGAUAUCUCCAAAUUUUAUCAGGGUCUGUGUGGCCAUAUUAUCAAAUAUCCAACACUUAAUGAAUAAUAAAUAUGUAAAUGACUGAUUUUAAAAGGUCCGAGUAAACAGUAAUCCAGACGUAUUUGUAGUAUUCAAAUACAAGCUAUUGAACAACUCUUUAAAACAUUAUUUUUCAAAGCUAUCUUCAAGUAAUUAAGAUGUAAUAGUGAAAAGAUAUACCGGUUUAAUUAGGCAUUAGUUUUUGGAGUGAUUGUUCAACAUUCUUAACAUAUAACGCGAACACAAUGUGAGUUAUCAAAUGGAAGAAGAGGAAAGGAAAGGAGCUGUGGUGUGGUGGUGAAGUUAAGGUUAAUGUAUGAAAUAGACAUAAUGUGUGUAAUUCGGAAAUUCAGAGUUCGAGAUAUAACCGCUAAUUUUUAAUAAAGCAUCGAUGCCACAUACAAAGGCGAUUCGGAGAUUUAACCGUCCGCGAGUGGGUAUAAACGGGCCACAGGGUCGCUAUGUUAUACGUCUAAGUGGUUCUGAUAUACCAGAGUUCCUGACCAAGCCGGAUACCCCGGAAAGGGAAAGCCAACGACCGACGACGUUCAAGAUCAAGGGUAACCUCGCUCCACUGAAACCGUUGACCACCCACUUUCGUAAACUAAGACGCGGGGCGCGAUCCAGAGGAAGGAUGAAGAUGGUAAACAUCGAGUUCAAGAGUAUGGACACGGAUAGAUCAGAUGAUAGUAAAGAACACCUUCCACCAUUCACAACCACGCUGACAUUUACAGACUACCUGUGCAAGUGGUGCUUGACUUACGUUGGCCAGAGACGACAGUUUUGUUCCGCCGACUGCGCAGCACAGUUCAAACUCUGUCAACGACGUCGGGAUGAGAAACAGAACCUCAACAUUUCGGUCGAUUACUAUGGUAACGUGAAGCUAAGCAUCCAAGGCCUGCCCAUAGCUUCAGGCGAAGAGGGUUUGACACAGCGGUCGUCAGGUGAUUAUGCAGGCGGAAGAAGACGCGGAAGACGACGAAGACGAUGCCGGAAUUGUGCCAAGAGGCUUACGGAAGACGGCGAAGGCGACUUCUGCGAUGAAACAUGCGAAACCAUGGAAACCGAGCGCGAAAAGAGAGAAGAAUUUGUCAAUAUAUUUCAACAAAAAGAAGCAGCCGAACGGCGACGUAUCCGGAAGUGGUUGGUAGACGCUCAGGACCAGUACACACGACAGACGGAGGGUGCUGAGUUGCUUCUCAAUGGAGAACGGGCCGAUCUUGAGGGAUUAGAUAUAACCAGUGGCCCAGCAGCUCUUAAUCCACUUCCGGUUCAUAGAACCCCACUUCCUAAUAUAGAACCCAGCAAAUCCCAUGUGAAAGAUGGCUUGUACGUAACAAGCGGUCCAGCGGAGUUAAACCCGCUGCCAAUCAUGAGAACCCCCUUACCUAGCAUUGUAGAAAGUAAAAAAUAUAAAGACUCAUUGACUCGAAGCGGCGGUCCAUCCUAUUCCUUCCGACGUCAGCUGGUCCAUCACCCAAUUUCUGAGCGCUUUCGGUUGCCUAGAGACGAGGUAAUCACAGGUGGCCCAGUGACCUUAAACCCGACUCCGCUCCGUAAAGCCGGGGCUCGUCCUCCCCGCAGCAGGGACAUCGAUCAUGAUAAAAGACAACUAAGGGUAGACUUACAGUGGAUCCCGAAGUUUCACACCUGAAGGGGACUUCGCAAGUCGAACUAUGUGCAAUCAAAAUAUUACAUGGGACACGUUGUUGUUGAACUAUGUGCUCAUUGAUGAGAACCAUGGUGCUGUGGAAUUCCUUUGUCGGAAACAUUAUCCUGUUGUUUGCUGCUAUUUUGAUUACUUUCAUCCGUUCAUGUGUGUAUAGCAAAUGGAUAUAUCGGUUGAUAUGUGUUGAUUUACAAAUGAAAUUGUGAAAAAGUAUGUUAUAUGAUUAUAAAGCGCGUUUUGUGACGUACAUGUUCAUGUAUACAAAGUGCAAGUAGGCCAUGACUUUAUAAAUACUAUAUCACAAUUUUAAAUUUGCUUUGUAUAUUUAUGAUGCUCGGACCAAUUUCAAUAGUGUAUAUUUUUUUAACGUGUUCGCUAAAUACAUGUAAAUAUGAAAAUCGAAUUCGAAACACACAACAUUAACUUAUCUUUGUAAACUUAAUGAGGUACUUAUUAAUUACUUUUCAUAUGUAUAUAUGUGAGUUUUCUAUGUAUAAUUGCAAAGUCAUGUUACUUCUCUUUUUUUAUACAAUGUUUAUAUGUCCGUAAAAGAAGUCCCUUCAACUAGUAAAAAAACCCACAUAAAUGGUUCCAUUAAAUAGAACUAAAUACAUAAACAUUUGAUGAAUUUGGUGAAAUUGUAUUUGUAUAAUAAUAAAGGCAAUUGGUUAAAUUUUGUGUACAUAUUGUUUAAAUUAUAUCAA